CGAUAUUCCUGUAAGAAAAGCGAAAGACUUUCAGAUCCCAAUGAUCAAUAUGACAAGCCAAGCAGCUUAACAAGUGAAUCCCACAUCCCCAUGUAAAAACGAAAACAGAAUAAAAAGAUGUGAUUGCUGAAAUGAUUCUGAUGGCUAUGGCUGGAAAGUUGCUUGCCUCCCACUUCUAGUCAAUAAAGCAACUUAGAAUUUUGGUAGCAUCCGGCAGAAUGCCAAUGCUAUGUAGGACAUACUGCUUUAAAACUAACCAGAUGGGUGUUUGACUAAUUGUAUUUUUAAGCCACGGAAACUUCUUAAAACAGGAAACAAAUGCAUUCUGAGCUAACUUGGUAAAGUGCCAACGGAUCACUUAGCAAGUAAAAAAACAAAAAAAAAAAAGAGUUACAAGAAUAAGUCGAGCUUUGAAAAAAAAAAAAAAACCCAUCUACCAAGAAGCUCCAGAUUAAAAAUUAAACUAUUGCUCUGAUCUCAAAGUUUUUCCAAUCUCCGUUGUUGUUCAUUUGUAGGAUUUAUUGGCUUCAAGUACUUCUCAUUGAUGCACAUAUGCGAAAUCAAAGUUUCAUGAUGAAGUUAGGAAGAGUGGUUCACAGGUCGAUCUUGAUACUGGGUUCACUUGCAAUUUUCAUCUUGAUCGCUGCUUUUACUAAAUUUUACUAUCCCACAUCACAUCUUGCAAUCGAUAAUACCUUCUCAUGCAGAGAAGAAAAUAAUUCUCACACGCAGAGCUGGAGUCAAACCCAAGCUGUGAGAAUCACCUUUCAAACAGUCAUUCAAAAAAUCCAACAACAACUCGAAGAGAUCAGAGUUUCACCUUUCACAAAGCAAUCAUCGUUGACAUACAGUUCAUUUCUUGCAGAUAUACUAGGCCUUAUUGAGUCCAUCCAUGAAGCUCUGCCAGAGAUAGAAGAUUUAAACAGAGGAAUCAAAGAGACCCAUCCUCUGUUAAAACCCAAACAACGAUCUGACGAGCCUGCUGAUUAUUUUCUAAUAGAAGAGAUUAGAAAAUACGUGAAGAUCAAACCCAACAGAUUAAGAAAACAGAAUUUCAUGGGAGCCAAUGGAACUUUCACCAGCAUUGGACAUGCUUGUUUUGCAAUGAAGAAAGAGCUUGAAGAAUACAUGGACUACGAUAUUGGUGACAUCUGCAACGACGAUUGGAAACUUGCUCAGAAGCUUAUGGUUCAUGGAUGCGAUCCGCUACCAAGAAGAAGGUGUUUCUCUAGAGCUCCACAGCUAUAUGGUAAGCCAUUUUCCAUUAAUGAGUCGUUGUGGAAGCUGCCUGAAAAUAGAAAUGUCCGAUGGAGUCAGUAUCGAUGCAAGAACUUCACUUGCUUAGCCAGCAAUUCAACUCGCAAAGGGUUCUACAAAUGUUCAGAUUGCUUCAAUCUUUCACACCAUGAACAACCAAGAUGGAUCAGACAAGAAAAUCUAGACCCCGUUUCGAAUCUGACAGCAGAUUUUCUCAUACCCCAAGUGCUUAAAAUUAAGCCUGGAGAGAUUAGAAUUGGACUGGAUUUCAGUGUAGGAACUGGGACAUUUGCAGCAAGAAUGAGGGAGUUCAAUGUGACUGUAGUCUCUGCAAGUAUUAAUCUUGGUGCACCUUUUAAUGAAAUGAUAGCUCUUCGAGGACUGGUCCCACUCUACCUGACUAUAAAUCAACGGCUGCCUUUCUUUGAUAACACCCUUGAUUUGAUCCACACGACAAGAUUUUUAGAUGGGUGGAUAGAUUUUGUACUGCUAGACUUUGUUUUGUAUGAUUGGGACAGAGUUUUGAGGCCUGGAGGUUUGCUGUGGAUAGACAGUUUCUUCUGUGCAAAGGAGGAUUUGGGUGAUUAUUUGGAGGCGUUUAAGAUGCUAAGAUAUAAGAAGCACACAUGGGUUACUGUUCCAAAGGUUGAUAAAGAUGAUAAAGAGGUCUUCUUUUCUGCUGUAUUAGAGAAGCCUCCAAGACCGUUCAGAUAAUCACAGGUAAACAACAUCAAACAGGUGUGGUACUCCACACUUGAUUAGUUUCAUUUAAACUCAAAAUUAUAUAUUUUGUUCCUUUUUUCUUCUCUAUGUAGCUAAGAUGAAUAUGCAUAACUAAUUAUGAUACUAUUUGUAUAAUACAUAAAGAAUGUUUUUACAGGCUUAUAUAGCCUGCAGCUUUUUCUGCAGUGCCAAUUUGAAUAUAGUGCAAAUUCCAACUUUUUUUAAGCAUGGCUUAUAAACAGUAAAAAGAAGACCAUAACAUUACACUUAUGUUGCUUCUGGGAUUUGUAUGGGCCUUCGAAAUGUAUCUGGACAGUUUAUGAUUUAUAAUCACGAGGUAGAGUUUUGGUGGUGUGAUUGUGACUGUCUAAUGUAUUAGCACAGGCUCAGUGUUGCACAUUCUUUGUACGUUUAGAUUCUUCUACUGUGGGCCAUCCCAAUCAAAAAGCCCUCCGCUAAGAUUCCAUAUAUGCGUAAACUAAAUAUCCAAUCCUGGUUAAUGGAUCACCACCACACAACUAAACUGGCAUCCCAUUACCAUUUCAACACAAAAAACAAAAUAAAAUAAAAAUAACCAUAUAUAUAUAUAUAUACCUGCUUUUUUCCUGCACACUUUAUCAUUGUUUUUAAAAAUAUAUGGACCCUAAAUUGAUAUAUAUUUUUUAAAUCAUUUUCAUAACUCAUAUACAAAAUAAGAUAUCUCUAUUUAUAAAUUUAACCUGCUCAUUGCAAAUCUCAAAAUAUUCCAAAAUCAAAAGGAGCUCCUCAGAAAAAAAAAAAGAAAAAGAAAUAAAGCUAUAAAAGAUGUAAUUGUCACUUGGGAAAGGAAGCAGCUCGUGUGACAUUUUUACCCUCGGGACACCUGACGUGGAGCCUACUUUGGUGUGGGCCCCAUCGACCACCCAAGAAAAAGCACUAGGCAUCCACAUCACCCAUCUUUUCAAUCUCUCGACCCCACGUGUCCCCAUACCUUUCAACCGGGUCGGUGACUUUUCCUUAAUCUCCACCGCCCAUCGCUUCCUCCACGUAUAUAAGACGAUAUAGCUAUUAACGCCGUCUAGACCCUAAGCUUUUUCCUGUAUCAAAAAAUCCAGAUCACUGACCUCAGCUUCGUACUCAAACAAAAAAUUCAACGGCCAUGAUCUAAUGUGGUUAUGGUUUUCCUGAUCCUUUUUAUAUAGCCUCAGUGAACGUUCGGCCCCAAAACCCUACUGGUUUGUCACUGUUAUUGUUUGUGAAGAAUCGGGUAGUUUGCG